UGCGAAAAUUGCUUCAAAGAGUGGUUUGAGGCCAAUCAGGGUAUUGUGACUCGAGCAUUUUCAGUGAAAUCAAGUGGUGGUGAUGGUGAUGGGAGUGAAGGUAAAAAUGAAUGGGAGAAGGCUGUGGGUGGAUCAUUUGGUGGGACCAAUUCUGAUAAUCUGGGUUGGGAAACGAGUUCAUUGUGGUCAACUGGAUUGACCAAGGAGCAUUUUGAUGGAGUGGCUGUUGGACGUCAAAGUAGUUCCGGUAGUAGUGGAAAGGAUACAUAUUAUGAAUCUACAGUGGUAUCUAAUAUGCAAGAUAUUGAAGAUAAGAUAAAGGAAUUAGAGGAAAAGAACAGAAAGAGCAAGGCUUAUGUUGCGGGAUGGGAUGAGAGAUUUCGUGAGACAUGUAUGCUGCUGAAGCAGGUACGAGAGCCUGGUGCAAGAGGGUCUUAUCUCAAGGACUCAGAGAAGGCAGAGAUGUACCGCUUGCACAAGGAGAAUCCUGAGGUUUAUACUGUAGAGAGGCUUGCCAAGGAUUAUAGGAUUAUGAGGCAGAGGGUGCAUGCAAUUCUGUGGCUUAAGGAGGAUGAGGAGGAAAUGGAGAAAAAGCUUGGCCAUCCAUUGGAUAAUUCUAUUGAGGUUCUGCUUGACACCUGCCCAGAAUUCUUUAUUUCUCACGACCGGGAAUUCCAUGUGGCAUCCCUUCCAUACAAACCUGAGUUUAAGGUUAUGCCGGAGGGUUGGGAUGGUACUAUCAAAGACCUAGAUGAAGUUCAUUAUGAGAUCUCCCAGAAAGAGGAUGAAAUGCUAUAUCGAGACUUUGUCGAGAGAAUGACCUUCAACAAAAUGAAAUGUGCAGGGAAGGUGAAAUACCAUAGAUAUAGCAGGCGUCGUCCUUCAGAAGGUUGGCAAUUCACAGUGGAGAAAAUGGGACCACGAGGAAGCGUGGAGCGGGUGGGGGGGUGGAAGUUUGUUAGCAUGCCAGAUGGGUCUCACGACCGCUGAAUGAAACGGAAAAAAUGUUUUGAAGCGAGAGAACCUCACCGUCGACGCAGAAUUCUCCCAUGUGUGCUUCAAUAGAUACGAUAAAUCCCUACUUACUGUUGUGUUUUCUGCAUCAAAGUUACCAUUUU